AUGCGGUACAGCCAGAGCUCGGCGCUGCUCGGCGACUCCGCCAUUGCGGCCUCCAGCACGGGCCUCCUUGCGUCACUGCGCCUGGGCGCCGCCACAUUGGACCCGGGAGGUACCGGAGAUGACGGAAAUCUGCAGGAACCAAAGUUCAGAACCACGGUUCUCCACUCAGGGGAAGAUAGAGGGCGAUGCACAGGUGAGGGCAAAGAAGGUCAAGGAAGUGAAUGGGGACUAAAAGAAAACGGCGGCGCCCUGCAGAGCGACAUAGAUCUCUUAAAAGAAGCUGCUCGCAGCAUGAAACCUUUGCUCUCACACUGUCUUCACCGCUCUGUUUUCGAGAUGUUCCACGUCAGGUUCAUCCUGACCGUCUCCAGAUGUCACAAGACUGCCUCAAUGCCGAGGAGAUUGUCGUUUAUGAGUGCUGGUGUCUUGCAGGGCAACAUACGGACUUUCUGUACCCCUGGGGACCGAGGCAAGGACUCUUCAGAAGUUACGAGGGGUAAUGAGGGGAAGGGUCGCGGCCAAGACGUACGUUCUCCCGAGGAUUUGUUUGAAGGUGUCGCUGUCCCACGGAGAGACAAGGAAACCUUCCAGAGGGUGUUGUCAACCUACUGCGGCCGUGAGCCCCGGCGCAGGAACCACGUGGAUUUCAUCUACGCAGCCCUGCGCAAGAUGCCGGAGUUUGGCGUGGAGAGGGAUGUGUCCGUCUACAACCGGCUGCUGGAAGUUUUCCCCAAGGAAGUCUUCGUGCCCCGGAACUUCAUCCAGAGGAUGUUCAACCACUUCCCAAGGCAGCAGGAAUGUGCCGUGCAGGUCCUGGAGCAGAUGGAAGCACACGGGGUGUUGCCCAGCGUGGACACCAAGGUUUUACUGAUCGAGAUAUUUGGAAAUAAAAGCCAUCCUCUACGGAAGUAUCAGCGGAUUCUUUACUGGUUCCCCCGAUUCUCCCACGCCAACCCCUUCCCGUUCCCCCGACCACUCCCAACACAACCUGUGGAGGUGGCGAAGAUCGCUCUGCAGCGGACUCUGGGCUAUCAGCAGGCAGAGAUCACCGUGUAUCAGCACCCAGAGGAAGUUGAGGAUGAAAAUGGACAGAAGAUUCACAUUCCCCAUCUUGUAGGUAUCCAGAACGAUGAGCAAAAGACUCUUCUCGGCCACCAUCACCCUGGGAAGCCUGUAUAUGUGGACGGGCCGUUUACCGUUUGGUUGGGACGAGUUUCCCUCGAGUAUUUUGUUCUUCGAGGUGAUCCGCCGAGCCCAGAGUCUGAGGCAACCCGGAAGGUCGACCCAGAACGCAGCCUCUACUACCCGCUGGAGAUGACCUUCGACCUGGAGCGCGACCUUGGGGAGGUCAACGAACCGGAGGUUGAGAAAGUUGUGGAGGGUCCCAUCUUUGCGCUCUGCCACUCCCCCUCUCCCCUCCCCUCCUCUCUCUCCCCCUGGAUCAGCGCCUUGCGGGAAUCGAACCGGUCGCUCGAGGGCUGCCCCGUUCUCUUCCGCCUCUCCAGAACCUCCAGCGAGCUGGCAGCAGGGGCAGUGGGGCAGGGGGAGGGGACGGGAGAGCAUCGAAUGCAUGACUGAAGGAGGGAGGGGAGGGAGGGGAAAGAGAAAGGAAGGAGGGGGAGGGAGAGGGAGGGAGAGAGAGAGGGGCAGGGAGAGGGAGGGAGAGAGGGGGAGGGAGGGAGAGAGGGGGAGAAUAAAUGUACUGAACUUAUCUUUAAAUGAAUAAAUGAAUAAGUAAAUAAAUUAAUGUACGCAGUUCUGUCCUCUCUCCCUCUCUCUCCCCCUCUCUC